AUGUUUCCGCUGGAGGCCAUGCUGUCCUUGCUGGUCCUUGCCCUCCUGGGGACCCCCGCCUUUUCGGCAGGAACUUACUACGGUAAAAGAGUUGGCACACAUUUCUGCACUACAGCACCCGAAGGAAAAAACUUUACAGGAAUUCGGGCAUAUUUUAAAGGUCGUGCGAUUGCCGGUAUUCAGAUGAAAUUUGGAGAUGACUGGGGACAAAUAUAUGGCUACGAGACUAGAGAUAACCAGGAAUCCACACUGACUGAGG